AUGUCUGCUUCGCUGAUAGAGAGCAGUCAGAUGAUGGUCAAAGCGCGGGGUGAACCUCGCAGGAGACAGUUUGACAUGGGUGGUCCCAGUCAGGGGUCAUCUAAGAGAGGCAGUUAUAGCUCGGGGUCAUCUAGUGGCCGCAGUUAUGGAGGUUUCCGACUCGGAGCCAGUUCUAGCGGAGGUUCUAAUCAGAGUGGUAGUUCUGGGAACCGCUCCGGGAGCAGUACAGCCAGAGGUACUGGGAGACAGUUGCAGUCGGCCUUUGGGAAGAAGAAUCGUAUUCAGUGUGCUCAAUGUGGUAGGUACCAUUCUGGGACUUGCCGACAGGGCACCACUGAGUGUUACCACUGUGGUCAGCCUGGACAUUUUCUGAGGGAGUGCCCGAUGUUUCUACAGGGUGGAGAGACUACAGUUGCAUCGACUCAUGGGACGGGCACUCAGGGCGGAUCUCAAGGGACAUCUCAGUUUGGAGGGGCCUCGUCCAGUGCUGGGGCCCAAACCAGUGUUGCUAGCAGAGGUGGCAAUCAGCAGAGGGGACGUGGUGGACGCUCUAGAGCCACAGGCAGGGUGUACAGUAUGUCCCAGCAGGAAGCACAGGCGUCACCGGACGUGAUCACAGGUAUUUUACCAGUUUUUGGAGUUCCUGCUAGAGUGUUGAUUGACCCUGGGGCUACGCAUUCCUUUGUUACACCUAGUUUCGCCCACAAUGCUAAUGUAAGACUUUCAGCCUUACGGAAUGAACUAGCGAUCUCUGUGCCUACAGGAGAAAUUUUUAAGGUUGGUACAGUGUAUCGAGAUAGUAUAGUGUUAGUGGGAGAUGUAAUUCUGGAGGCAGACUUGAUUCCCUUGGAAAUGGUUGACUUGGAUGUCAUUCUAGGGAUGGAUUGGUUAGCCAGACAUCAUGCCUCAGUAGAUUGCUUCCGAAAAGAGGUUGUUUUCCGUAGUCCUGGACGACCUGAAGUGACAUUUUAUGGCGAACGUAGAGUGCUCCCAUCUUGUCUCAUCUCUGCUAUGACGGCAAAACGGUUGCUUAGAAAAGGGUGCCCAGGAUAUUUAGCACAUGUGUUUGAUACCAGAGAUAAGGGGUUGAGAUUGGAAGAUGUUCCAGUGGUACAAGAGUUUCCGGAUGUAUUCCCUGAGAAUCUUCCUGGGCUACCUCCUCACCGGGAGAUCGAGUUCACCAUUGAGCUCAUUCCAGGAACGAGUCCUAUCUCUCAAGCGCCGUAUAGAAUGGCACCAGCAGAGUUGAGGGAACUAAAGACUCAGUUGCAGGAGUUAGUAGAUAAAGGUUUCAUCCGACCUAGUUUUUCACCUUGGGGCGCUCCAGUGUUAUUUGUUAAGAGGAAGGAUGGAACCAUGAGGCUAUGUGUUGACUACAGACAGUUGAACAAGGUCACAGUGCGAAAUAAGUAUCCUUUGCCUCGCAUUGAUGAUUUGUUCGACCAGUUAAAGGGUGCCAAGGUAUUCUCUAAGAUUGAUCUGAGAUCUGGGUAUCAUCAGUUACGGAUUAGAGAAGAGGAUGUGCCUAAGACAGCUUUUCGAACGAGAUAUGGGCACUAUGAGUUCUUGGUGAUGCCAUUUGGGUUGACGAAUGCACCAGCUGCAUUUAUGGAUCUCAUGAACAGGGUGUUCCGACGUUACUUGGAUCGCUUUGUGAUUGUGUUCAUAGACGACAUUCUGGUGUAUUCCAAGAAUCAGAAGGCACACAUGAAACAUUUGGAAAUUGUACUGAAGACUUUGAGGAGGAGGCAGUUGUAUGCUAAAUUCAGUAAAUGCCAAUUCUGGUUAGAUAAAGUUAGUUUCUUGGGGCAUGUAAUCUCUGCAGAGGGUAUUUGUGUUGAUCCCCAGAAGAUUGAGGCAGUAGUGAACUGGCCACGACCAACCAGUGUUACGGAGGUACGGAGUUUCCUUGGGUUAGCCGGGUACUAUCGUCGCUUCGUGGAAGGGUUUUCUGCUAUAGCGGCGCCUCUUACUCGUUUGACAAGGAAAGGAAUGAAGUUUGAAUGGUCAGAUGAAUGCGAGGAGAGCUUCAAUGAACUCAAGACCAGGUUGACCACCGCUCCGGUUUUAGCACUUCCGGAUGAUAACGGGAACUUCGUUAUCUACAGUGAUGCAUCCCAACAGGGACUUGGUUGUGUGUUAAUGCAGCAUGGUAGGGUGAUCGCUUAUGCUUCUAGGCAACUUAAGAAGCAUGAGUUGAAUUACCCUGUUCAUGAUUUGGAGUUAGCUGCAGUGGUUUUUGCCUUGAAGAUUUGGCGACACUAUCUUUAUGGAGAAACAUGUCGGAUUUUUACAGAUCACAAGAGUUUGAAGUAUCUAUUCACUCAAAAGGAACUGAAUUUGAGGCAAAGAAGAUGGCUAGAGUUGAUUAAAGAUUAUGAUUGUACUAUUGAGCAUCAUCCGGGAAGAGCUAAUGUUGUAGCUGAUGCACUCAGCAGGAAAUCCUCAGGAUCUAUAGCUUAUAUCAGAGGGAGUUAUGUGCCAAUUAUGGUGGAGAUGAGGAAGCUCAGAGUUGAACUAAGUGUGGAUGAUCAGGGAGCAUUGUUAGCUACUCUCCAUGUUAGACCAGUACUAGUGGAGCGAAUAGUCGCCGCUCAAUCCCAGGAUCCUUUGAUUUGCACAUUGCGAUUAGAAGUGGAGAAUGGCGACAGAACUGAUUGUUCAGUAAGAAGUGAUGGAGCUUUAAUGGUGGGUACCAGGCUAUAUGUCCCUAAUGAUCAAGCCUUAAAAAGGGAAAUUCUUGAGGAGGCUCAUAGUUCAGCUUUUGCAAUGCAUCCUGGAAGCACUAAAAUGUAUCAUACCUUGAGAGAGCAUUACUGGUGGCCUUUUAUGAAGAAAGAGAUAGCAGAGUAUGUCAGUAAGUGCUUAAUUUGCCAGCAAGUGAAAGCUGAACGGCAGAAACCAUCAUGGUUAUUGCAACCACUUCCAAUUCCUGAAUGGAAGUGGGAGCAUAUUACUAUGGAUUUCGUGUUCAAUCUUCCCCGAACACAAAAUAAGCAUGAUGGAGUUUGGGUAAUCGUGGAUCGACUCACUAAAUCUGCUCAUUUUCUACCAGUGAGAGUAAACUACACCCUAAAUAAGUUGGCCAAGAUCUUCAUAGACGAGAUAGUGAGACUUUAUGGGGUGCCAGUAUCUAUUAUUUCAGAUAGAGAUCCACGGUUUACCUCCCGUUUUUGGGCAAGUUACCAGGCGAGUAUUAAGAUGUCCCCAUAUGAUGCCUUGUAUGGAAAACAGUGUAGAACUCCAUUCUAUUGGGAUGAAGUGGGUGAGAACAGAUUGGAAGUGUCCGAUGAUGUUGAGCGGACAAAGGAACAGGUGAAAAUAAUUAGAGAACGACUUAAGGCAGCCCAAGACCGACAAAAGAGUUAUGCGAACAAUAGAAGGAAAGACCUUCAGUUUGAGGUUGGUGAUUGGGUAUUUCUGAAGUUAUCACCUUGGAAGGGCAUAAUGAGAUUUGGAAGGCGGGGAAAACUAAGUCCUCGCUAUAUUGGGCCUUAUAAGAUUGUGGAGCGUGUCGGCCCAGUAGCUUACAGGCUUGCUUUGCCUUCAGAUCUUUCUCGGUUACACGAUGUGUUUCAUGUUUCAAUGCUCCGAAAGUAUAUUUCUGAUCCUUCUCAUGUUUUGGAGGAACAACCAAUAGAAUUGCAAGAAGAUUUGACUUAUGUGGAGCAACCAGUUCAGAUUUUGGAUUGGAAGACGCAAGUGUUACGAUCGAGAGAGAUCCCUCUUGUAAAGGUCUUGUGGAGAAGUCAUACUGUGGAAGAGGCUACAUGGGAACCCGAGGACCAAAUGCGGGAACAGUAUCCUUACCUCUUCGAAUGA